AUGUUCAUAGCGCUACUGGGGACGAGGAGUACGUGGUCGAUGAGGUCUCGAAAGCAGAAGACGACAAAAAUGACUACCUGGACCAUGCACCAGAAAAAAUACCAGACGUUGGUAACAAGAAGGGAGUGGCGAAGUAUCAACAGGCACUUUCUUCAUCGUUAG